AGCAAAGUGCUAUAGUCAAGGUGAUGCCGAUGGCCCAGAUUUGUCCAACAUCUCGAAGAGCGUCACGUUAUCCAAUAUUCUCUUUCCAGUGCUACUGGAAUUCACUCUGUGGUUAACUAGUACUUGCUAGUUUCAACCAAAUGGAGGCCGACAGAUACACCGGCAGUAACGACCAGCUUCAGAAGCAGGAUAGUACUAACCCGGGCUCAAACGUUAAUGCAGAGGAACACAACGACCAUUUACUCAAUUUCGAAAAAUCCGUCCUAGAAGGCGAUAUACUGGUAGCGCCGCAUCAAUGGAACAACAGUUCCCUAAAGGUUGCCAAAUGGCCGAACGGUAUCAUACCCUUUAUGAUUGACCCCAAAGCCGAGUUUAGCCGCCAUGAACGUAUUCUCAUUCACGAUGCCAUGCUGGAAUUCCACCAGUUUACCUGCAUCCGCUUUGUUCUCCGAACAACCCAAAAAGACUAUUUGCACAUCUCGAGCAAUUCCAGAAGAGGAUGUGCUUCAUUCGUCGGAAAGAUUGGAGGCGAACAGAAAAUGCACUUGGAAUCUUCCAAAUGUGUGCAGGUCAGCGGGACUAUUCUACAUCAGCUGAUGCAUACACUUGGGUUUUUGCAUGAACAUUCCCGAGCCGAUCGAGAUACGUACGUGGACGUAGACUGGAACCAUGUCGCUUGCAUCGCCGAUGAUCGGUCAUGUGGCAUUACUGCGAAUACAUUGAGCGACAGUCCGGAAUCGGCUAACUCUCCGUACGAUUAUGAUUCGAUCAUGCAUUAUUCGUCAACGGCAUUUAGCAAGGAUGCAGCCGCUGGUUUAGCGACAAUAAUUCCCCGCCACACCUCGUCCGCUCGUAUUGGCCAACGGAAGCAGUUAAGUUCAGGUGACAUCGCCAAGGUCAACAGCGCAUAUAACUGCCAAGCAAAUCUAAAAGUUUCGACCAAAUUUGUCGACCGACUUGUUCCCGAAAAGCCACUGGAACAAGUAUUUAGCCAAAUGCAGGAAUACUCCCAAGCGAAGGAUAACAAUCUUCUUUGCCAAGGAUCAUUGGAUUUUAUGCCAACGUUUGGCCUCAAAACAAAGAACAGCAUUUACAUUGGAAAUGGAAACAAAAUUUGGGAAGUGGUCGAGGGAGUGUAUAAUGGCUCCACCGUUUUUUUCCCAAAGAACGUCGCAUCGGAUACUAUUCAAAAACGGUUCCAUGAGUUGCUUCCCAAGGAUAUCGACAGUGCUGCGGAAAUAAACAGCGAUGUAUACUUUUUCAAGAAUGCAUCAGUUUGGAUUUUAUCCGGCCAAGGCGACAAACAGCUGCUUGACACAGCUCCGGUUUCACAGGUGUUUCCUGGCGUGCCGCUACCGAUUAAGGGCGUGUUUAAAAGCUCGAACAUUCUUAGUUUUUCCAACGGGUCCUCGAUAGUUCGGUAUGACCUUAUUUCGGAUCGAUUACAGCCGAAGACUCCAUUCAAUUUACUGAAUCAGCACACCGGAUGGCCCACCGAAGUAAAUUCCUUUUUCGAUAUUGGAAGGAAUCGACUGCUUAUUUUCACCCACAAUAAGGUGUACCUGACUAAACAAAAUGGCUUUCCAAUGGACUACGGAUAUCCGAAAACUUUUAAGGAAACAUUUUGCACCGCAUAAGCGUUGCAGAUUUUUGACUAAAGAAGUUUUGAACUGCUUUUUUGUGUGGUAUAACCUUGUACAAAUAAAGACGUUUUAUUAGCGUAUUUUAAUUUUCAGUU